AUGUGGCCGACCCCGAAACUCGCCUUCCUCCUCCUCCAGGCGCACGCGCUGCUCGUCAGCGGGUCUCCGAUCGAAGCCGACGAGGCCGCGGUGCUCGCCAACCGUCAAUCAUGCCCUCAAAUCCACAUCUUCGGCGCGCGCGAGACGACCGUUCCACCGGGCUACGGCACCGCGGGCCAGGUAGUCGAUCUGAUCAAGGGCGCCUUCCCCGGGGCCACGUCCGAGGCCAUCAACUACCCUGCCUGUGGCGGACAAGCGUCCUGCGGGGGCGUCCAGUACGGCGACUCAGCGCGGCAGGGCACGAGCGCAGUCGCGUCGGCGGUUAAUGCCUUUAACCAGCGGUGUCCGAGCACGCAGAUUGUCUUGGUUGGGUAUUCCCAGAGGAGGUUGGGAGUGGCUGGGGCUAACGAAGCGAAGGGAGGCCAAAUCAUGGACAACGCCGUCUGCGGCGGGCCGGACACGGGGUCUGGCAUCACCACCACCACCCCGCCCAUCUCAGCCGCCGCGCUCAACCAGAUCAAGGCCGUCAUCUUGAUGGGUAGUCCCCGUUAUGUUGCGGGGCUGUCCUACAAUGUAGGAACCUGCACGGCUCAAGGUUUCGCUGCCCGCCCCCGGGGAUACGUUUGCGCUUCCAACUCCAGCUCCAAAAUCCAAAACUACUGCGACGCAGUCGACCCCUACUGCUGCACGGGCAACGACGCCAACGCACACCAGCAGUACGGCGUCAAGUACGGCCAGCAGGCACUUGCCUUUGUCAGGAGCAAGCUCAGCACUACCGGUGGCGGGUCCCCAGCCACCACCACCAGGGCGGGCUCGACUCCCACGCCGACUGGUGGCACGGGAGGAGGUAAUUGUGCGGCGUUGUGGGGACAGUGCGGCGGCAUGAACUGGCAGGGCCCGACGUGCUGUAGCCAGGGGACGUGCAAGGCUGCGAAUCAGUGGUAUUCGCAGUGCUUGAAUUGA